AUCGCAUCUUGGAGCCAACUGAUGAGAAUCGCACGAGGCAAACUCUCACAGAAACACACCUUUGAUGGCCUUGAUCUCGAACGCCUUGACAUUCUCAAACUCGCCCUCGGAGACGCCGUCGCGGUAAAAGUAGAUGCGCGCAGGCGACCUUCUGUUCCGCUGCCCGAACAUGGACAGCGCACCGGCGACCAUUUCCUGGAGGGAUUCGGGCUCGAUGAUCUCGAGGCGGGGCGCCUGGACCCGGGACGUUGCACAAUAUCGCGUGCCAAGCUCGUCGAACGACCAGACGACACUGGCGACGGAAACGCUCGACGAGCCCGGGCUGGGGUGGUUGACGUCGGCGCCGAAUAUCAUGACAGGGACACUGCAUGCUUUCUGCAGUGCGGACGAGUUGGUCCAUAGAGUAAAACUUCCUCCUUACUUGAGAGCGAUAUUGUUGAAGUAUUGGUUGUUUCCGCGACGCAGCUUCUCCUCGUUGAGACAUUGAGUGCGGACGCCUAUAACAUAUCAGAACGAGUUGCCCUUUACGCUACGAAUCAGACUUGCCCAGUUCUAUGUCAGCGGUGUACUUGACGGCCACUCGGGGAUCAUCUGCCUUGGCUGGGAGCAGCACGAUGAUGAUCUCCACUUUUGCGGCUCCGCCGAGGUCUCG